UCCCCCAUUUUAUUUUGACAAGUUUGUCCCCUUCAGACCGCAGCCUAUUCCCCUCACCCCUCUCUCUCUCUCUCUCUCCCCUCGCUCGCCCUUCUGUUGUUUUUUGUUCUUCUCGCAGACAAGAGAAGAAGAAGAAGAGGGUCCGUGUCCCUCUCCCCUCUCCGUUCUCUCUCUCUCUCUCUCUCAUCCAAUUGCGCCGAAAUUUGUACUGGGUUCUUCUCAAAUUUAGAUCCUUGAGGUGCAGAAGGGGGUUUUGUCGAUAAUUUAAAUCCAUAAUCGUUAUUGAUUAAUAUGGUGAGGGCUGGGAGUGUAAGCGAGGAUUAUGUGCCCGCCAGCGGUUCUUCAUCUGUGAAUGGGUCAUCAAGCAUGCGGCAUUGUCGCUCUGUGGAAUCUCUCGGUGAAUGGAGAUCUUGUGAACAAGUUGAGAAUGGGAUGCCAUCUACUUCACCCCCUUAUUGGGACUCAGAUGACGACGAUGACUCUGGACCAAAGCCUUCUGAUUUAUAUGGAAAAUUUACUUGGAAAAUUGAACAUUUUUCACAGAUCAAUAAAAGAGAACUGCGAAGCAAUGCAUUUGAAGUUGGUGGCUACAAAUGGUAUAUCUUAAUUUAUCCCCAGGGUUGUGAUGCCUGUAACCAUCUCUCAUUGUUUCUUUGUGUUGCUAAUCAUGACAAACUUCUUCCAGGUUGGAGUCACUUUGCGCUGUUCACUAUAGCUGUAAUAAACAAGGAUCAAAAAAGAAAUAAGUACAAUGAUACAUUACAUCGGUUCUGGAAGAAAGAACAUGAUUGGGGUUGGAAAAAAUUUAUGGAGAUAAAUAAGAUAUCGGAUGGCUUUGUUGAUGAUGAUACUCUUACAAUUAAGGCUGAAGUUCAAGUUAUCAGGGAGAAAGCACACCGCCCGUUCCGUUGCCUUGAUUCUCAGUACCGGAGAGAGCUAAUUCGAGUAUAUCUGUCCGCUGUAGAACAAACUUGUGCAAGGUUUGUGGAUGACAGGAGGCAGAAGCUUAAAACCUUGAUUGGUGAUAAAACAAAGUGGUCAAGUUUUCAUGCAUUCUGGCUUGGAAUUGAUCAGAAUACCAGGUGGCACAUGUCUAGGGAUAAAACAGAUGCUAUCUUGAAGGUAGUCGUGAAACAUUUCUUCAUAGAGAAAGAGGUUGCAUCUACACUGGUAAUGGAUUCUCUUUACAUUGGUCUGAAAGCUCUUAAAAGCCAGAGCAAGAUAAAAGAAGUGAGAGCCAACAAACUGGAAAAGGAGGAUUUACCAGCUCCCAUUGUCCUUGUUGAAAAGGACAUGUUUGUUUUGGCAGAAGAUGUGUUCUUAUUGCUUGAGAGAGCUGCACUAGAAUCGCCCCAUCUGUCAUUGCCCUCGAAGGAGGAAAAGGGUUUGCCGAUUCGCUCAAAAGACGGUUGUUCUGGAGAUGAAUUUAAUAAAGAUUCUAUUCUCCGUGAUGAAAGACGUCUUACAGAGCUAGGUCGCAGGACUCUGGAAAUAUUUGUUUUAGCCCAUAUAUUCAGCAAUAGAAUUGAAAUAGCAUAUCAAGAAGCUGUUGCAUUAAGGAGACAGGAGGAGCUUAUUCUUGAGGAGGAGAAAGCAGAGAAAGCUGAAAAUGAGAAGAGGGAAAAGAGAGCAAAGAAAAAACAGGCUAGACAGAGGCGAAACAAUCGCAAAGGUAAGGACAGAGGUAAAGGUGACAAGUCUGUAGAAAUGGAGGAGGAAAAGCAUCAAGAACUACAUGAUAGUCUCUCUGAGGAAAGAAUUCUGGUGGACUUCUCUUCAGAGCAUGGGGAACAGUUGAGCAAGAAGAGUGAGCUGAGGGGAGAAGUUUCUGAUGUUUCUGAGCCUGGAGAUGAUUGUCCUGAAUCACUUCUGGCUGAUGUAGAAGACAGAGAUAUGAGCCCCCUGAGUUGGGAUACAGAUACAUCAGAAACUCAUCCAGCAUCCGAAGCUUGUAGGAGUGAUAUCUCAAAUGGCCAUGUCGAAAAAAAGAGCUCGUCCUUUGUGGAUGACAGUUCUUCCACAUGUUCAACUGACUCAGUCCCAUCGGUUGUGGUGAAUGGACCAUACAAGGGGUACUCAUCAACCAGUAACAAAAGUAAACGAAGUUCUUCUAACAGAGGGAAAUAUCCACAGAAUAAGGACAUGCAAAAUAGUUCCAUGGUUAGUGCCGAGCAACUACUUUAUGUGAGUAGAAGUUGUAGUGCUACUGGGGCUGAACCAGAGGGUAAUCUUCAAUCCUUGAAGGAUCAGAGACAUAAACUCCAACAACCUCUUAAGAAGGAAGAAAUAGACAAGAGACUGUGUACUAAAACAAUUGUCAAAGAUGAAAUUGUUGAGAAUAUUUCCUCCACCUUUAACUCAAGGACAUCAGAACCAGCAUCAUCACCUCACCCUGCUAGAAAGGCGUCAUCGGUUAAGCAAUCUACAGAGAUACACGCUGCUACCACUACUACCACCAAAAAUGAACCAGUUUCCUCACCUAAGUCCACUUCAAAUACCCAAAUUCAAUCUGAGAAAUCAUUCAAAUCACCAGAAAACAUGUCCAUUUCGAAAUCUGAACCUUCGAAACAUACCUUGCACACUUCUCAAUCAAUAAGCAGCACUGCCAACAAAGCUUCUUCAAUAUCGAGGCCUUCAAGUGCCCCUAUCAUUCCAGGACCAAACACAACCGCUCCCCUUGUCUCCACGUCAAACGCAACGCUUGCAUUAUCACGCACACUCAGCUCGGUUGGUCGUUUAGACUCGGACUCAUCUCUUUUUGCUCACAGUCUUGAACCGCAAUCUUAUCGAAAUGCCAUAAUGGGCAUCAAAACUUCAACUGGUGCAACUACAUCAGGGUUCACUCAUCGACCCUCUUUAAUUUUCUCUACACAAUAUGAUGCCGCAUUUCCCCAGCCCUCUACAUCUUCAUCAUUAUCAUCAGUGAACUCGGGUAUCACUUUUGGGUCCCGACCGAACUCAUGGACUGAUGAAUCUCGUUCUCAUGUGAAAGGUAACAUAACCCAGGUCAACGGAGUGAUGCCGGACGAUUUCCCACAUCUUGACAUCAUUAAUGACUUGCUCGAUGAGGAUCAUCGGACAGCUGUAAGGCCAGCAUAUAACCGUUACAACCACCACGACGAUUUCAAUUCAGUGAACCAACAUUAUGCUUUCCCUCAGUUUGAUGUACCUGAAUACUACUAUGAAGAGAUGCCUCAAAUGGUCUAUGAUUCCUUCAUGCCGUACCACGGGUUGAAUGAAUUGCAACCCGAUGCAUUGAUUCAGAGCCAGUGGCCGAUGGAUGCAAACGGGGUUGUUUAUCCUCUUCCGGAGUACUCUGCAUUUGGUUUGGAUGGAUAUAACAUGAUGUAUCAGGCUGCAAAUGGGCUCUAGUCGUGGUGGUUGUAAUGUGUAAUGUUCAAUUGUUUCGUGGGAAUAAAAGCUUUUGUAGGUCAAAGUUUAAGAGGGUGAGGUCUACUAAGAGAGCUGUGGAGUUGAGUUUGUAAUUCCAAACAGUUUAAGAAUAGAACCAACCAAUGUUGUAAAGUUUGAUAUGUGUAUGUUCUUGUUUUUCAGCACGAUACUUGGUUUUCCCAGUGUUUUGGUUGUCUUCUUUGAAGCUUCAAAUGAUGUAUUUAUGGCUGCAACCCGAAGAAUUAGUUGCAUUUA